AUGAUGGAUCUGCAGGUUUUCACUAUUUAUAUCAAUUCCGUUCCAUCAGAUUAUCCAGGUGGCUAUCUUUAUAACUCCUUGAAUAGUAGCUUAUUUAGUGUUGAUUGUAGAUUUGUCAUAUUUCUAUUGGUUACUUUGUAG